GAAGGGCCGCGCUGCUCGCCGCGGCGGGAGGGAGGGAGGGGGACGGCUGCCGGGCGGCCAUGCAGGCGCGCUACUCCGUGUCCAGCCCCAACUCCCUGGGCGUGGUGCCGUACCUCGGCGGGGAGCAGAGCUACUACCGAGCGGCGGCGGCGGCGGCCGGCGGGGGCUACGCGGCCAUGCCGGCCCCCAUGAGCGUGUAUUCGCACCCGGCCCACGAGCAGUACCCCGCCGGCAUGGCCCGCGCCUACGGGCCCUACACGCCGCCGCCGCAGCCCAAGGAUAUGGUGAAGCCGCCCUACAGCUACAUCGCGCUCAUCACCAUGGCCAUCCAGAACGCGCCCGAUAAGAAGAUCACCCUCAACGGGAUCUACCAGUUCAUCAUGGAGCGCUUCCCCUUCUACCGGGACAACAAGCAGGGCUGGCAAAACUCCAUCCGCCACAACCUGUCCCUCAACGAGUGCUUCGUCAAGGUGCCCCGCGACGACAAGAAGCCCGGCAAGGGCAGCUACUGGACGCUGGACCCCGACUCCUACAACAUGUUCGAGAACGGCAGCUUCCUGCGCCGCCGCCGCCGCUUCAAGAAGAAGGACGCCGUCAAGGACAAGGAGGAGAAGGACCGCCUGCACCUCAAGGACCAUGCCCCGCAGCCGUCGCGCCCGCCGCCCACCGCCGCCACCGGCGCCGAGCCCGAGGGCGGGGGCCCUCCCGCGGCCGGGGCCGCUCCGCCGCCGGUGCGCAUCCAGGACAUCAAGACGGAGAACGGCACGGCCUCCCCGCCGCAGGCCGUGUCCCCGCCGGGCGCCGCGCCGCCGCUGGGCGCCGUGCCCAAGAUCGAGAGCCCCGACAGCAGCAGCAGCCUCUCGAGCGGCGGCAGCCCCCGCGGCGGAGCGCUCCCCGCCGCCCGCUCCCUCGGCAUGGAGGGCCCCGAGCCGCCUCCCCCUCCUCCUCCACCUCCUCCUCCUCCCCCCCCUCCGCACCACCACGGGCCGGGCUUCAGCGUGGACAACAUCAUGACCUCGCUGCGGGGCUCCCCGCAGGCGGCCGAGCUGGGCGCCGGCCUGCUGCCCCCCGCCGCCGCCGCCCCGCGCAGCUCGCUGCCGCCCGCCCUCUCUCUCGGCGCCUACUCUCCGGGCCACAGCUCCGCGGUGUACGGCUCGCCCUGCGGCCAGCCCGCCGCCGCCGCCGCCGGCUCCUACCACUGCAACAUGCAGGCCAUGAGCCUGUACGCGGCGGCGGGGGGCAACGAGCGGCCCGGCGGCCACCUGCCCGCCGCCAGCCCCGCCGAGGAACCGCUGCCCGACUACGCCAUGCCCGGAGGGGGCGGCGGCGGGGCGGCCAACGGCGGCGCGGGGAGCGGCGGCGGCCCCGGCGGCGGCGGCGGCCCCGGCGGCGGCGGGGCGGGGGGCGGCCACCAGGAGGGGCACCACCCGCACCCGCACCAGGGCCGCUUGGCUUCCUGGUACCUCAACCAGGCGGCUGCGGCGGCGGCGGCGGCGGCGGCGGCGGGGGAGCUGGGCUACGCGGGGCCGCAGCAGAGCUUCGCCGCCGGUCCGCGGGACGUCUUCGAAGCGCCGGAUGGGGCUCAGCGCCUCGCCCGGAGGCGGAGGAGGCGGCGGCAACGCGGGGAGCGGCGGCGGAGCGGGGGGCGGUGGCAGCUGUCAGAUGGCGUUCCCGGCAGCCAGCCGCUGUACCGCGCCUCCGGGGCCUUCGUCUACGACUGCGGCAAGUUCUGAGCGCGGCCCGCCGCCCGCCGCCCGCGUGCGGGGCGGUGAGAGGACGGCGGUGCCCGCUCCCACGUAAGUGUCGCUUUUUUUUUGGUUGAUCGCUUCCCAGCAGUGCUCUCCCCCCGCGCCCCGUCCCGUGAGGUAUCGCCGCGCCCCGCUUCUGC